AUGCAGAUCGAAAACUCGCUCUGUGACUAUGACGCCGUAGAGGCCAUCAAUCUGGAGAUGAGAGGCCUUCUUGAUAACCUUGUCCAGCAAAAGUACUUCAAGUUCUACAAGCUGAACUUGUAUGGCACCUGUCCCUUCUGGACAGAAAACCACCUCUGUAUGAACAAGGACUGUGGUGUUGCCGUUGUUGAUGAGAAAACUAUCCCUGAGGAAUGGACGAGUGCGGCUCUCGGCGCAAUUUCGUCACCCAUGGGUGGCAAGCACUUCCAACCAUUCCAAAGCUGCAACCUGAAAGACCAAGACUUUUGUCAAGUAGACGAUGAAGCAAUAUCAGAGGGUGUCUACGUCGACUUGAUGGAGAACCCAGAACGGUUCACAGGAUACUCAGGCCCUUCAGCCGCCAAAGUUUGGGACGCGAUCUACAACGAGAACUGUUUCAAUGUUGCUCAAAAGAUGCAGCAGGCUGCUGAUUGUGAGCAAUGUUCGUUGGAUCGGGAAGCGUUCGAGGAGGAUUUAGCGGAGACUGUUCAAAAUGCUGCUGUGUCCGGCAUUUCAUUUGCGCAGAACCCGCUGUCGCUUGAGGUUGGUCAUACUGGACAUGGACAAGGACACCAGGAUAAGCCGAAACAAGGAGCAGGAUUAGGAGAUGACACGUCGCCGUUUGUUGACCCCGCGAUGAACCCGUUGGCUGCAGGAGCGGUCGCGCAGGAAGAAGAGAUGUGUCUGGAAAAGCGGGUCUUUUACCGGAUGAUCUCCGGACUCCAUGCCUCCAUCUCUAUCCACAUCUGCGACGAGUACUUUAACCAAACCUCCGGCGUCUGGGGCCCAAACUUGGAAUGCUUUGUGUCUAGGGUGGGCGCACACCCGGAUAGACUGGAAAACAUAUUUUUCGACUACUCUAUUUUGGUCCGCGCCGUGACCAAGCUCUCAGGGUACCUCCGCGACUAUGAAUUCUGUACCGGUAACCCCGACGAGGACACCAAAGUCAAGGCGAUGGUGGACAAGCUGAUAGAGGUGUCGAACAAAUCCCCUGCAAUCUUUGACGAAAAGGCCAUGUUUGUCGGUCCUGGCGCCCAGGCAUUGAAACUCGAAUUCCGCGACCAUUUCAGGAAUAUUACAAAGAUCAUGGACUGUGUUGGCUGUGAGAAGUGUCGGCUUUGGGGGAAAGUUCAGACUUCGGGGUUGGGCACUGCAUUGAAGGUUCUAUUCUCCUACAACGAUGAGCAUCUCAACCCAAUCAAGCACCCAAACUUGUUGCAGAGGACAGAGAUCGUGGCGCUAUUCAAUACCCUCAACCGCGUCUCUGAGAGCGUUGCAUCGAUUGCCCGGUUCAGGACAUUGUACAUGGAACAGCAUGGCCUUCCUAUGCCCUCCACCCCUACUCCACCCUCUAAACCCUCUCCACCAACACAUCAGGAAGAAGACCCUUCGCCGAUUCAGGCCUAUAUUGCGGGACUCUUCAAGGAUACCCAUGCCAUUUUGGCUGCUGAGCCACCCAAGGACAAGAAUCAAGAUGGAUCUUCUUCAUCGUGGGUUGAGUUUCCUCAGGGGCUGAGUGCGACGUUGAAAGAGAAGAUCCUUAAUUUCAGUCGUCAUCCCCUGGGUACCUUUUUCAGUGGCGAUGCGAAGAAGUUAUCGGGAGGUCAUCAUAGUGGUCAGCAACAGAGUCAACAUCAUACCCAACAUCAUACCCAGAAGAAGGCCAAAGGGUCUUCAAAAGUGAGUUCUCAAGCUACCUACUCCACUCACGAGGACGAGUAA